CAACCAGCGAUUUUGGCCGCUAUUCGGAAAGAUAUAGAACCCACUCCAUCGACCCCGCUCAUCCAACCCGUGGGUGAAGCCGCAGUUCAGGUUCCAAUCGUCACGUUGUCGCAACUACACCGCCGUCGUUGCGGACGGCUGCUGGCCGUUCGCUGCCUCCGCUGGUGAUUUAGACGGGUUCUGCUUACGCCAAUAUGCGCGCCGGCUAAGUCUUAAGAGAGGCGCUCUCAAGGCUGGGUUCGACGCUGUGUCGGUGCAAAAAAGGGCGAAAGGGAAGAGUCGUUACACACAGCACCUAAUCAGCUUCAUUUCGUCGGCAAGAUUCUACCAUGUCCGAUCACGAGGUGGCCUCAAAUUCGGGGUAUUCGACCCCUGUCCCCGAGCUGGACGAUCAUCGGAACCAGACGGCUUCGGUCCAGCGUCCGGACCGUCCUCGCCGGGGCACCUUUGAUUCGUUGUAUGGAGCUCAUAUGAUGAUGGCCUCUGGAGGUGCUUCUGCCGAGCCUCGGGUUCGUGACUUUGAGGAGGCUGUCGUCGAUGAGGAGGGGAUCGAGCACUCGCCGACCACGCGUCGGCCUCGCUGCCUGUCCAUUGAGACAGUGUCUGGUAGGUCGUCAUCGCCAUCGCCGCCGAACUCGGUCAAGGCUUUUGCGGAGGCCCGUCGGCGUGAGCGCGAGCUCUCUUUCUCCGAGCCUAGGCCGGAACGUAAGCCCGACGAUCUCGAAUUGCAGCGAACCGCGUCAACCGCCAGUCGCCAUAGCUACCGCAGCAGGCAACACACGGUUGAUGCAGCCGACGCUGCGAGUCUGGCUACCAAUAGGACCGCUGAAGAGGAUGUCUGCUUCCCUGUGCAGGAUGAACAGAGAGGGGAUCAUCUCCAUAUCGACUUUGAUUUCCUCGAAAACUUCAUCAAAGCCGAGGCCGAGGCUCGUGCGAUGGCACGUCGUCCAUCCGUGGUCCGGGUGUUCCCUGAUCUGCGGCCCGAAUCCAACGAGGCAGCAGCUCCCCAUCCCGUAGUUACGGCCGAGGGCGACUUCCUGGGCACGCCGUUUGACAGCGGUGAAAGCCAGCCUGAGAAGUUGGACACGCGCGAAGACGAAGAGCACGCCAAACCAGCGCAGCCAUCCCAGGUCGAUAGCCGGGUGAGCUUCUUCUCUUCGGCCUGGGAGUCAACCAUCCACGCUUCCGACCUCGAGGGUUUGAUCUUGCCGGGUGAGGACAUUCGUGGGCUUUUCGCUUUCCCGAAAGGUGAGAGGGACGGUGUCUGGUGGCUCAACAUGAACAACCCGUCAGAAGAGGAAGUUCGUGCGAUUUGCAGGGCUUUCGGUAUCCAUCCCUUGACGGCCGAAGACAUCACGACGCAGGAAUCUCGCGAAAAGAUUGAGCUCUUCCCCUCUUACUACUUCGCUUGUUUCCGGUCUUUCUACAUCGAGGUCGACGAGGAGACCAAGGAGAAGGAGUUCGUGCCGUUCAACAUCUACGUGGUUGUCUUCCGCGAGGGCACCCUGAGCUUUAGCUCCGCCAACAAUUCACAUGCCUCAAACGUGAGGAAGAGGAUUGCGAUGUUGAAGGACUACGUCUCGCUGAGCAGUGACUGGAUCUGCUAUGCAUUGAUCGACGACAUCGUUGAUUGUUUUGCGCCUGUGAUCAGCAAGCUUGAAGCCGAUACCGACCAGAUCGAGGACGAGGUGUUCAUUGCCCGGACAGAUGAUAUGGCGCAGUUCCUACGCAAGAUUGGAACCGCCCGCAAGAACACAAUGGCCUUGAUGCGGCUGCUUGGUGGCAAGGCUGAUGUCCUGAGGGGCUUUACCAAGCGUUGCAACGAGAACUACAAGGUCACGCCCCGCAUGGACAUUGGUCUGUAUCUGGGCGAUAUCCAAGACCACGUCGUUACCAUGAUGAACAACCUCGGCCACUUCGAAAAGAUGAUGUCUCGGGCCCACAGCAACUACCUGGCCCAGAUCUCGAUCGACGGCAUCGCUCAGGGUACGGCGACUAACAAGGUUCUGAGCAAGAUAACACUCUUGGCCUCCAUUAUCGUCCCCCUGAACGUGGUCACGGGUCUCUUUGGGAUGAAUGUCGAAGUUCCCUGGCGAGAUACCGACUCUCUGAUCCCCUUCUUCGGCAUUUUGGCCUCGCUGCUCGCGUUUUGCUUCAUCUGCUCCGUCGCGGCGUGGAAGCUGAGGAUGCUUUGAUCAGGCCCUGUCAUCUUGGUUUUGGCGGUUUACGCUUUUGG